AUGUCAUCGUGGUAUCGGCGAUUUUUACCGCAAUUUGCAAAAACAAGCGAGCCACUCACGAGAUUGCUGCGGAAGCACCAAGGUUGGGAGUGGGGGGACGAACAAAAUAAGGCUUCCGAGAAGAUUCGCUUCGGAUUAGGCGCCGUAUUAGCGCAGGAAGUCAAUGGCGUGGAGAAUAUCAUCGCGUUUGCGAGUCGCGGGCUGCUGGACACCGAGAGAAGGUAUUCAGUCACCGAGCAGGAAUGUCUGGCUGUAAUCUGGGCGAUACGAAAGUUUAGACCGUAUUUGGAGGGGUACCGAUUUACCGUCGUGACAGAUCAUAAUAGUUUACGCUGGCUUCACCAUCUGUGGAACCCAACAGGAAGGGCGCUAAACCACGCGCGGGACGCGUUAUCGAUAACAUUCGGAGGUGACUCCGAGGCUCCCGGGGAAGAGCUGGAGACGUUUUUGGUCGCGCUGGGGAAAGAGGUGAAGAUUUUUCGAGACACGGAGAAUCCGUGGUACCGCGCACAUUUUCGAGAAGUAUCGGAGGGAAAGAAGACCCUCGGGGAGUGGAGAGUGACAGAGUACCGCUUGUACGUUCAAAGACAGCGCCCCGUUGCGAAGACCGCGGCCAUGGAAGACUUAGAUGAAUGGAAGUUAGCUGUACUGAGAGAACUGAGGGGGGAAGUACUCCGCGAAUCACAUGACGAUCCGCAGGCAGAGCAUCUCGGAAUAGAUAAAAUCCAUCAGAAGCUAUCGAUCGUAUACUAUUGGCCCAAUAUGUUUCGCGCCGUUGCUGACUACGUCGGAAAAUGCGACACGUGUCAACGGGCGAAAGUCGAGCAAGUGGGACCGAUGGGAUUGAUGGGCCGCCGAGUUGUCGAGGCUCCGUGGAUCGCAGUCGCCGCGGGUAUCAUGGGACCGUUGCCGCGGGCCAAAGCAGGUUUCGUGUACGUCUUAGUGGUUCAAGAUUUAUUUACGAAGUGGAUGGAGUACCAUCAGUUCAUGGCUGGUGAUAAACGCGCGAACAAGAGCAUGGCUACCCGGAACAUUGAAGUCUUUCAAUGUACUGAUUUGCACGAAUGGUACGUGACGCGCGUCGUCGAGCCUAUCCUAGCAUCGCCCGAAGAAUUUCAAAAACGCGAUAGCGGAUGGGCACUAUCGUUGGUCACCGCUCUAUACCCAGCUCAAGGAAAUACGCAUCGAACAUCAUCAUAUACACACUACACAUCGGUACUGAAUCUCGUGGGCAUUGAAUUUCUAAUGACAUUGAGCCAGAUUAAGAAAUUUGAAGUUCUAAACGACAUUUCCAUCAACGUCCACGCCAUCGAGAAAGGGAUUGUGCCGAUACGACUCGACGACCGGAAAAGCAGCAAGCACAUAAAUCUGCUGUACGUGGAGGCUGACAACGUGGGACACUUUGCGCUCAUUAAAGAUCUAUCUCGCCUUAGGCCUACACUACUUCAGCUUGAGCGCAAAAUUGGAGAUACACAGCGAGGACUGUCAAAAAUUAAAUUGCACAAUCAGACUACCGAGCGAGGACGACAAGCGGUUGAGCUUCUGCGACCACUGCCGGAAAAAGGGCAUCCCGUUCAUUAUCUACGUCGAUCAUGA